GACCGUGCCGGGCGGACUGGGUGAGCCAGGUGCGCGGGGCAGAGGUGACACCACAGUCCGUUAUUCCCCACGACUUUCCCGAUGCCCUAGAGCCGCGCAACCCUGCGACGCGUAGACGCAAGAGGAACGCUAGGCCCAGAGUACUGGUGAGAGGGGCGCGGUGCCCCCGUCCGCUUAGUCGGCCGACCAUAGAGCUUUCAGACCUCCAGGAUUCCUAGAGAGCUCCCGGAAGUGGCUUGGGGCAAGAUGCUUGCUGGCCGGUGCUGUGCCUCCGCACGUUUGGAAGUUAGGGGCCGGAGGGGCCUGGUCCGGUUACAGCUUUCGCCCCUUUUUCUACCAGCCCUCCCUCCAGGUCUGUCCACAGUUUGCAGCCUCACUUCCCCACCCGGGCCGCCGCUGGAACUCACGAAGUAGCCUUAAAGAAGAGGCCCUCAGAAGGUUCUCUUAAGAAGAUAAAGUAGUGGAAACGAGUCUCCUGAGCUUUUCUGGCCCUAAAUGGCUGCAGAAUCAAGGAAGUCUUCAGCCCCAUCCCCACCAGACCAGGCUCCUGAAGAGGACCUUGUAAUCAUCAAGGUAGAGGAAGAUCAUGGUUGGGACCAGGAGUCAAGUCUACAUGAAAAUAACCCUCCUGGCCAAGAGCUGUUCCGCCUGCGCUUCAGGAAGUUAUGCUACCAAGAGACACUAGGACCCCGAGAAGCUCUGAUCCAACUCCGAGCACUUUGCCACCAGUGGCUGAGGCCAGAUUUGAACACCAAGGAGCAGAUCCUGGAGCUGCUGGUGCUGGAGCAGUUCUUGACCAUCCUGCCUGAGGAGCUCCAGACUCUGGUUAAGGAACAUCAUCUAGAGAAUGGAGAGGAGGUGGUGACUCUAUUGGAGGAUUUGGAAAGGCAAAUUGAUAUACUGGGACGGCCAGUCCCUGCUCGUGCACAUGGACAUAGGGUACUCUGGGAGGAGGUCGUGCAUUCCAAAUCUGCACCAGAGCCUCCGGAUACUCAGCUCCAACCUGUGGCAACCCAGCACGAAUCUCCAGUGCUCCAAGGGCCACAAGACAGAGCCAUAUCUGCUUCACAGAGUCCUACUCCUUCCCAGAAAGGAAGUCCUCGAGACCAGGAGAUGAGAGCUACACUUCUUACAGCAGGGUUCCAGACUUUGGAGAAGAUUGAAGACAUGGCUGUGUCCCUAAUUCGAGAGGAAUGGCUUCUUGAUUCAUCACAGAAGGAUCUGAGUAGAGAUAACAGGCCAGAGAAUUACAGAAACAUGUUCUCCCUGGGUGGUGAGACCAGGAAUGAGAACAGGGAAUUAGCUUCAAAACAGGUAAUAUCUACUGGAAUCCAACCACAUGGAGAGACAGCUGCCAAAUGCAACGGGGAUGUUAUCGGGGGUCUUGAGCAUGGAGAAGCCCGAGACCUUCUGGGCACAUUAGAGAGGCAGCGGGGAAAUCCCACCCAAGAGAGACGACAUAAAUGUGAUGAAUGUGGGAAGAGCUUUGCUCAGAGUUCAGGUCUUGUUCGCCACUGGAGAAUCCACACUGGGGAGAAACCCUAUCAGUGUAAUGUGUGUGGUAAAGCCUUCAGUUACAGGUCAGCCCUUCUUUCCCAUCAGGAUAUCCACAACAAAGUAAAACGCUACCACUGUAAGGAGUGUGGUAAAGCCUUCAGUCAAAACACAGGCCUGAUCCUGCACCAGAGAAUCCAUACUGGGGAGAAGCCGUAUCAGUGCAAUCAGUGUGGGAAGGCUUUCAGUCAGAGUGCGGGCCUUAUUCUGCACCAGAGAAUCCACAGUGGGGAGAGACCCUAUGAAUGUAAUGAGUGUGGGAAAGCUUUCAGUCAUAGCUCACACCUCAUCGGACAUCAGAGAAUCCACACUGGGGAGAAGCCCUAUGAGUGUGAUGAGUGUGGGAAAACCUUCAGGCGGAGCUCACAUCUUAUUGGCCAUCAGAGAAGCCACACUGGGGAGAAACCCUACAAAUGCAAUGAGUGUGGGAGGGCCUUCAGUCAAAAGUCAGGCCUUAUUGAACAUCAGAGAAUCCACACUGGAGAAAGACCCUAUAAAUGUAAAGAAUGUGGGAAAGCUUUCAAUGGGAACACUGGCCUCAUUCAGCAUCUGAGAAUUCACACAGGGGAGAAGCCCUAUCAAUGUAAUGAGUGUGGGAAAGCCUUUAUUCAGAGGUCAAGUCUCAUUCGACAUCAGAGAAUCCACAGUGGAGAAAAAUGGUAUAAAUGCAGUGAGUGUGGAAAGAAGUUUGCCCAGAGCUCAAGCCUUGUUCGACAUCGGAGAAUCCACACCGGAGAGAAACCCUAUGAGUGUGAUCACUGUGGAAAAGCCUUCAAUGCACGCUCAACCCUCACUGUGCAUGAAAGAAUCCACACUGGUGAGAAACCCUAUACUUGUAAUGAGUGUAGGAAAGCAUUCAGUGUGAGGGCACACCUAAUUAUACAUCAGAGAAUCCACAAUGGAGAGAAACCCUAUGAAUGUAAUAAAUGUGGCAGAGCAUUUAGUGUGAGCUCAGACCUCAUCAAACAUCAGAGAAUCCACUCUGGUGAGAAACCUUAUGAGUGUGAUGAGUGUAGGAAAGCCUUCAGCGUGAGCUCAGACCUCAUCAAACAUCAGAGAAUCCACACAGGAGAGAAGCCAUAUGAGUGUAAGGAGUGUGGGAAGGCCUUCUAUGUGAACUCAGCCCUUACUAAUCACCAGAGGAUUCAUUCUGGAGAAAAGCCCUAUAAGUGUGGAGAAUGCAGGAAAGCAUUCAGCCAGAUCUCAACUCUUAUUCUUCAUCAGAGAAUCCAUACUGGAGAGAAACCGUAUGAGUGUGACGAGUGUGGGAAAGCAUUCCGUGGGAACUCUAAUCUUACUAAACACCAGAAAAUACAUGCCAAAGGAAAGUGUCAUCAGUGACUUACAUGGUGAAGAUAUUACAAAGGCCUUUUUUUUUUAAUAUCAGAAGUUGUCACCAAAGGAAUGGUAUGGUAAAAGUUAAUGUUUUAAUUGACACUUUGUUUCUUGGACUAUCAAAGAAGUGAGAAGUCAAUGAAAAAGGACUCCAUCAUCGUAAUGAUUGACUUAAGUCUCUAAGAUCACAUCUACUUCUGAGAAUGCAGUUUUACUACUCAUAAGGAUGGUGGUUUGCAGGCAGAGUCGUCUGGGUGGAGCACACCCUUCUGGGAUCAGCACUGAAGUGAUGCCAUAUCCCACCCAGACCAGCACAACUGUGAUUCCUAAGCAGUAAGUGAUGGUGACUCCUGGCCUUAGAUAAGGAGUCUGUUUCAAAGCAGAGUUUUCCAGAAGAAGUCUAACAAACAAGGGAGAUGUUCAGAAGACUAAGUGGGAACAUCAUCAGGGGCUCCACACUGGACAAGUUCAUGGACUUCUGAAUAAUUUACCCAAGUGAGAGAGGAGCUCCUUUGAGGACGCACAACUUACAUUGCCUCAAGCCAUGGAGAAUAUCACUCCGAUAAAGAGGCCUAAGAUACCUGGGAGAAUUCACCCUGAAGUUCAGUCCUGUCGAUGCUGUGGGCAUGGGAAAUUCUGCAUUCAGCUUGUGCACAAUUUCCAACUUCAACUGUAAUAAAAGAAGCAGCCACUCGUAAAGCGAGUGGAAGUCACCAAACCAAAAGUAUCCCUCCCUCAUAAGACAAACCCUGGUACACCAGCAUCCCUGACCAAGCACCAGCACAUCCAAACUUAAAGCCCUAUAGAUCCUCAACCAGGAACGACCUUCAGUGUAAUCCCAAGUCUCAAUAAACAACAGAGAAGCCAUCCUGAAAAGAGUUUCAUGAGAAUAAAGAAUGUGGCAAAACCUUCAGACACUGGAGUGAUCUUAGACAUCAGAGAACCCUUGGGGAUAUCUUCAGUGUCAGAAGCCUUCUCUGUGAGGUCAAGUCUCAUUGAACAUAAGCAAAUUCAUUUUGGACAGGAACCUUAUCUAUGUCACGAAUGUGGCAAAGCCUUUAAGUUCUCUGAUAGCAUUGCUAAACAUCAGAGAAGCCAUACUGAAGAGAAAACUUAUUGGUGUAAAGAGUAUAAUACUGUAGGAUUCAUUUGUUUCGAGUCUGGUCACCCGCCAAAGAACCCACAAUGCAAAGCACCAUUAUGAAUGUAGUGAGUGGGGGAAGGCCUUCGUUUGGAAGCCAGCACUUAAUUACCAGAAAACCCAUGCUAGAGAGAAACUCCAUAAAUAUUAAAAUGUGGGAAGGCCUUCACUUAAAAGCUCAAUCUUAUACAUUGGAAAAUCCAUACUGGAACAAAACGCUAUGUAUGUAUGACCACUGUGGGGACGCUUUCAGCGUUAGCUCAACUCUUAAAGUGUAGCAAAGAUUCCUUGUGGGGGAAGGCUCUUUAAGGGUAAAUAAUGUAGGAAAGCCUUCAGUCAAAGUUCAUAUCUUAUCAGGAAUUCCCUGGCAGUCCAGUAGGACUCCACACUUUAACUGCCCCCCACCCCCAUCAAAAAGAAAGAAAGAAAAAAAAAGUUCAGAUCUUAUCAAACAUCAGGAUCCACACUGGAGAGAAGCCUUAUGACUGGGACAGGUGUGGGAAAAUCUCUUGAACUCAUCUCUUACUAAACAUCAGAGGAUACACAACAAAAAUGAACCUCAGUAGUCAAAUAUGUGGUAGAGGUAUAACAUAGAACUUUUCAACAUCAAAUGUCACCACUAAGAAAAAACCCAAUUGCAAAAAAUCACUUUAACUGGCAUCAUUUUAUGCAGUUAGACAAGUAUUACCAGAGAGACUUUGUCAGGUCACUUUGGGUAAAGCUGAAUUAAAACAGAUUCCUGUGACAGAUCUCAGUGGAUAUUUAACUGUCUUUGGCACAGUUAGCUUUUCAUUUUCUACAGUAAAUGUAGAGAGAGUAGGGGGAUGUCUUUAAAACUAACCACAACCUUGGAUAAUCCAAAUAUUAUUUAUAACAUUUAUUUUUUGUUUGGAAUUCAUGAUGCUAAUUAAAUACUUUUUCUAAGAA